ACUCAAGGGUGAUUUAAAGGGACAUGUGAAUAAUUUCGCGCCAAACAAACUCCAGAAUACCAGUGCGAACAAAAGCAUAACAGAUAACAGUACAGUAGUUUUGAAUCAUCCUAGUUUUGGCUGGCAGCAACAACGAAAUACCUUAUGUCUAUAAACGUCCAUAUAAACAACAUUUAACUAGUAAAAUGCCCGGGCUUACUGAUUGGCAAAGUAAUCCGUUAUCGACGGUUCAAAACAUAUUUGAUACCUUCAUUGAAUGAUACAUCACUACAUGACCUCAAGACCAAUGUGUUGGUCCGAUUCCGUUGUAUGAUUCAAGACAUGUACGAUCCAGAGUUCUACAUCGGGGCUUAUGAGGUCUUGGACAAAAAUACUGGUCAGAAGAUUUUAAAGUGUGGCAUGUACCGUGAUAUAGCCGAAUGCGCGCCACAUCAACACAUCGACACAAACGCAGCCUCAACUGUCCCUCUCGAUCGUCAGACACUAUACUGUGUGCCCAUACCUGGUGAAAACCAGUGGGUUAAGAAUAUUUAUGCCGAUAAAUCAAAAUGCAAGCAAGCAAGAACGUGCCAUAAUUCACGGCCAAAACGAAGACUCGAUGAGGAUCAGUUGACCACAUCUUCUGGAGGUGGGCUAGAUCUUUCAACCCAAGCCAGGACUUCAGCACAGUCAAUGGAUGUUGAAUCUACUGAGAGUACAAGUCCUGAGAAAAAAGCUAAAGGAGAAGGAGGAGAGGAAGCAAGAUCGAUGAAUGGACAUACACAAGACCUUAAUUUCCCUCUUGCAAAUGAGAAGGGCCCAGCCUGUCUUGUCAAGAUUUAUGCAAAUUUUGAUGGGUUUAAAGUGAAUGAUGUCAUUGAGUUUGUUGGCAUACUCUCUGUUGACCCAGCCUUGGCUGAAUCAUCAUCAGAAGGAGAAAUGUUUUCAAUUGAAGGUGCAGAAAGCAUGAUCACAGAGGAGCAAAGAGUUCAUUCGCCACCGCCUUCUCUUGUUCCAAGAUUGCAUGCCGUUAUUGCAAAUAAACUCACUCAUUCAAAUCCUGUGUUGCCAGCAAAUCUCAGUUCUCCCUCCGCCAAACCAGUUGUAGAGACUUUACAAGCCCAAGCAGAUUUAGUUCGAACCAACCUGUGUUCCAUGUUUGCUGAAAUUUUAGGGGGAGAUGCCACCGCUGCAGAGUACUUGUUAAUGCACCUGCUGUCCAAUGUGUAUGCUAGAAGAGAAAUGCUCGCCCUUGGAAAGUUUACGUUAAACAUCAGUGGUUGUCGAGCUAGCAGUUGUCUUCCUGAAAAAAUAAACACUUUUUUACAGAAGAUUGCUGCCAAAUCUCAUUUCCUACCAAUGACCUUAAGUAACAUGAACACGUUACGUUUCACGCCUAAGAAGGAUUAUUCCGAGCAUCGCUUAAAAAGUGGCAUGUUACAGCUAAGCAACAAGACGCAUCUGUUAAUUGAUGAAACAGCGCUCGAACCAGGGCAGCUGGACCAGAAUGGGAUUGAGAAUCUCAAGGCCCUGGGAAAUGUGAUCACAUGGCAGAAACUUCAGUAUGACUUCAAUUUCCAUCGUGCUGAUUUCCCAACAAAUCUAGUUCUUCUUAUAAUGUCAGAAGCUAAGUCGCUGCUACCGUCUACCAGAGCCUAUUCAGAAAGAAAUUGAGGAAGAGUUUGUGGAGCUACGCAAGCAGAACCCUCAGAAUAUGACAGUUGAUGAUUUCCAUUGUCUGCUACUUGUUGCUAGACUGCUUUCUUUGUCGCAUGGCCAAACAACUCUCACAAAAGAACUUUGGCAACGAGCGCAAGUUCUUGAAGCAGCAAGGAAAGGUCGGCAGAUGAACCUGCAACAGACAGCUCGUUAGAUCAUGUAAAGCGCCACCAGUGAAGCCACUUGACAUGUAAAUAUUUUUUAAUUGGCAAACAUCAGAAUUUGAAUCUUGACAAUAUAGCAUGUGUAUAAUAUACACUCAAAAUUUGUCUUCUCAUGCAGUUAAUGGAAGUAGUGGAUUUGCCUCCCAAUGUACUGCCCAACUCAUUGCCAGAAGGCCCCAUCAAAGGAAUUCUAAGUAUUCUAAUAGCUAGUAUAAUAGUAUACAAGUGUGUUUGAUGAAUUAUAAAUACAUGCAAAACAUAAGACAUACAGUAAGAUGUUUAUUUAUUAUCCACUAUAUUUAUUUGCCUUCGGCCCACUAACCUUCGUGUGGUUGCUAUGACCAAUCCAUCAGUGGUUGAUUCAUUGAAGCUGUGUGGAGAUGCCAUUGAGAGUUGUAUUGAGAAACAUCAGAUGGAACCACCCUUUGUAAUUAUGAUUCAAUAAACACACAUCAAAUUAAAUUAAUAGAAUUUAAACUGAAAUAUAGUAAACAGGCCUUAACAUUGUCUAGGGCAUUCGAUUACGGCCAUAUUACCUAGACCUAUCUUAAAUAGGCAUAGACAAGUGAUAGUGUUUCAUCACAUUAAAACUCAAAACACUUUCCACAUGUGCGCACAACGUCAGCAUGAAUGACAAGCCAAGGGUGUAUGUAGUCUAAACUUACUAUUGUAUCGUCUGUUUGUGGUGACGUAAAUAUAUCUACUAAAAUAAAAUUAAUGUUGUUUUUGUAAAUUAAUUUUAUUUUUAUAAAUUGCCAGUUGGUAAAUUAUUUUCCAUUGAAUAACAUCAGAAAAUAUGUUUUGUAUUUGAAUAAAUAACUACAUGAUACAUGGA